CUUUUGUCCCAACCUGUACUCAUGUAUAAGGACUGUUGCUGCUCUACUGCUGUCGAUCGAUAAAAGGUUCGUAUAUAUUUGGUCGAGCCCCUGUGCACAAGUGCUCUCGGUCUCGGCCUGGACAGAGGGCUGAGAAGGUCCCAGAAAGUCUUCACCGCCGAGCACGACCCACGCAGAAGAAAAGAGCCUAAUCUUGUACGUCGCGAAGGAAAGCCUUUGGCUGCGAAGCAGUGAUGCUGUACGCGUCCCGGGCAGACUUCUCGAGGAAUGUUGCGGAGAUCGAUCUGUGUGGAGGAGGUGUGGAGGAAGAUCAUGGAUCUCGUUUCGGAUCGUUUGCUUAUCUGCUAUCAACCCCAUUAACAUCGUCAACCUGUCUCGUGCUGGGCCCAAUCCUCGCACAGGGCGCGUGAAACCUUUACCAAAGCGCCAUUCCAUUUGACUUCGGCACAGCGAUCGGAAGCGCGAUGGCCAAAGAUCCACCACGAGCGGAUGAGAAGAGUACUAAGGCUUCGAAGCACCACAGUAAGAGGCAACCAGGCGGUCUACCGAAGAGGUCUGUCGAACCAUCCACCAAAGGCAGCUUCAUCUCCAGGGCCUCCGAUGCCCGACCUCACGGAACCAUACCCUCACUGACCAAAGUAACCAGGAUGCCGGGAGACACUGACGGGGCCAAGCACCCGGCUGAGAAGCUUCAACACAAGGCGUCCAGGGAAGGGCUUAUUGAACCAUCCAGCAAAGUCUCAAAGACCUCGGAGCGUCAUCCAGGAACAAAGGCAAAGCCGUCCACGUCGGCAACGAACGACGGCAAGGUUGCGAAGAAGCGCUCGGUCGAAGACGUGAAGAACACAGAGGUUGGAGUUAAAGGGGAAGCGACAGAAGUGAAAGAAGAGGAGGCAGCCAAGACUUCCGCUAAGGAUGUCAAGAAAAGAGUGGCAACGUUUGCAGGGCCUAUUGCGACGUCCGCACAGGCCCCAGAAUCCCCCGGAACGGUGGCGUCCACGACGGAAGUUGAGCUCGCCACUGAGAGACAUUCUGAACGAUACCAUUUCCUCGCGAAAGAAGUCCGCAGGAUGACAAGGGCGUCCCUCCAGGUCCCUCAAGAAUUCGUCGAGGCACACCGGGUAGAGGAGCAGCCCGAAGAAAAACAGCAGCCAGAAGAAAAGCAGAACAUGGCGGGCCAGCCGAGCAAGUUCAGGAGACCCUCCAUUGCAGUAGCCAAAAAAGUUAUGUCGAAUCGGAGGAAGUCAAGUGUCAAGGCUGCACUGGGGAGCAAGGCAACCGCCGAUGAGGAAGAACACCACGAGUCGACCCGCAAGAAAGCCAUUUCCGCAGCUGCCCUUCUCCUCGUCAUCGCCUCUAUGACUGGUUUCUACUAUAUCCUCAGGGGGUUCUUAUACACCAGCAAACUUAACGUGGAAUGUACGUCCUCCCGAUGCAGACAGCUCCAAAAACACAUCGACCAGCUCCUCAACUACGGCGUUGACCCCUGCGAUGAUCUCUACGGCUUUCUCUGCAGCAACUGGGAGAACAGACCACGUAGCGGCUUUCUGCUCGAUGCCGUUGACGCCUACACCAGCACCGUGGUCACGGCCCUCACUUCCAACCCAUCUCCCUCGCCAGACCGGUACGGCAUGCACGUCUUAGUCAAGAUCUACAAUGCCUGCGAACAGUACAUGCGUGCCGACAGUAUAGGGUUUGAGAAUUCCCUACAACAGGUCAUCCGUGCCCUUAACAUCAGCAGCUUGCUGGAUGCACGAGGGUCGUCGGAUGUACUGAGAAUCGUACUUAAGCUAGCACUGCAAGCCGGUAUCUUCACUACCUUCACCAUACAGGUCUCCAGGGUGGGCCUAAUCAGUGUCUUGCGCCUGGAUCUGGGAUGCACAAUCGGCGGAAAGCUGCACGCUGACUACCGACAAGACCCGUCCAGCUUCAAGUCUGAUUACAGUGAGGCGGAGGAAACGAAAAGCUUUGUGGAAAGAAUCCUGAAGCAUGCUGGCAGAAUGAACGAAUCGCUGGUGGAUAGAAUGCUGCAGGUGGACGGCAUAAUUGGUAAACUCUUUAUGCUACCAGCAACUACGGAGGACCUGACAGUUCGCGAUCUUGGGAGUAUCCUGGAGAAGACUAAGCCAGAGCAAAUGUUAGCCAUUCUAAACAGCUACGUUCCCAUUGACCUGAAGAUGGAACUGAACAGCCGCGUUCUCGUUCGUGGCUUCAAUAUCAUCAGCCAGUCUCACAGCGUCCUCCGGAGCGACUCGUUGCCGGUGAAAAAGUACUACUACGCUACUAACCUCCUGGCCAGCAUCAUGAAGUACGGGCUCGCCAAGACAGCCAGUCUCCGCCACCAGAUGAUAUGCAUCCGUUCCACAGCAGUUACGCUGAGGCAUACACUGCCCUACCUCCUGGCAGACAUGCCCGGUUACAGGGGAAGUGCCGAAAAAGCGUCCAAGAUCGCCUCGUCCGUCAAGAUGGGCAUUUCUGAUCUCGACGACGCGAUGUUGUCAGUGGUCAUCUCUCACAAGGACGAUCUCAAAGACGUGUCGAUCAUUACGUACGAAGCAGAGGACAUCGCCCGUUUAUUUGCCGUCGACUACCGCGCUUGGGACCUAAAGGGAGAUUUCCUUACACUCUUAAUCGAGGCCAGCCGGAAGGAGACGCAGAUGCUACGAGAAAUGCAGUACAGAGCGAACGCAACAGCUGUGUUGACGAAUCAGGUGGGGAACAAUCUGACCUACAGUUCUCUCGGCAACGUCUUGACCGUACCGACAGCUUACCAAGGACCGCCGGUGGCUUUCCUCAGCGGCGACGGUAGCAUCCCGUUCUACGUCAACUAUGCAACUCUUGGAAGUCUGAUCGCGAAAGAGCUGAUACGGAUAAUGAUAUACUCCGUACCAGGAUCACCAGCAUCUAAGGCUAAGCUGACAGAGACUGUUAAGUGCCUCGACAAAGUGCACAGGGCACUGGAACUGAGGGACACGACUAGAAACAGCACCGAUAAGAGGACGGCCGCCGCGGAGCGCUUGCAGAGUGACCUGGUGCUCUGGACGUACGGAGCCAGGGCUUCAUACCACAUUAUCAGGAAACUGCUGCUGACCCAAGGUUCCAAGGUCUUCGAGAAGUACUGGUGGACCGUUCAACGUUAUUACUUCAUCAGGUUCUGCAUGCUAUCAUGCGUGUCCAGGGAUACUCACCGUUACAUGGACGUGUUCAAUGAAAGGUGCGCCGUUCCAGUGAUGAGUAACCCGGACUUCGCGCUUCAUUUCAAUUGUUCAGGGAGGCAUCACUUCGGAAUUCGUCCCUGCGUAACACGAUAGGCAGCUACGAGUAUACCUUAUAACAAUGCGUAGUACAUAUUUAAUGAUAAAUCUGAUACGA